CCGCAGGCGGCUAGCCCCACUGUCCGACAUCGCCACCGCCAUUUCCGUCCGGGUCUCACGCAGCCACUGUCACUAUCACCGCCGUGUGGCCGCUACUGCCUAGACCCACCCAAGCCCGGCCCAGCUCCAGGUUGAGGAAGCAAGGAGCUGGGCCCGGCCGUCUGAGUCUCGGGACAGCGGCCUGCCUGGCCGGGGCGACCCUGAAUCCGCGGGCCCGCAGGGAUCUCGGCAGCGAUGGACGAGGACCUGGUUCUGGCGCUGCAGCUUCAGGAGGAGUGGAACCUACAGGCCUCGGAACGCGACCGGGCCCAGGAACCCGUGUCGCUGGUGGACGCGUCCUGGGAGUUGGUGGACCCCACGCCGGACUUGCAGGCCCUAUUUGUGCAGUUCAACGACCGGUUCUUCUGGGGACAGCUGGAGGCCGUGGAGGUGAAGUGGAGCAUGCGGAUGACCCUGUGUGCUGGGAUAUGCAGCUAUGAAGGAAGGGGUGGAAUGUGUUCCAUCCGCCUCAGUGAACCUCUGUUAAAGUUGAGACCAAGAAAGGAUCUUGUGGAGACACUCUUGCAUGAAAUGAUACAUGCCUACUUAUUUGUUACCAAUAAUGAUAAAGACCGGGAAGGGCACGGUCCAGAGUUUUGUAAACAUAUGCAUCGAAUCAAUCGCCUGACUGGAGCCAAUAUAACGGUGUACCAUACUUUCCACGAUGAGGUGGAUGAGUACCGGCGACACUGGUGGCGCUGCAAUGGCCCGUGUCAGGACAGGAAACCCUACUAUGGCUACGUCAAACGUGCUACCAACAGGGCACCCUCUGCACAUGACUGUUGGUGGGCUGAGCACCAGAAGACCUGUGGGGGCACUUACAUAAAAAUCAAGGAACCAGAGAACUACUCAAGAAAAGGCAAAGGAAAGACAGAACUAGGAAAACAGCCAGUCUUGGCAGCAGAGAAUAAGGAUAAACCCAACAGAGGUGACACACAGCUGUUAAUCCCUUUCAGUGGGAAAGGAUAUGUUCUAGGAGAAACAAGCAGUUCACCCUCAUCUGGGAAAUUUAUCAUUUCACAUGCUAUCAGCAAAACCCAGGAUCUUCUAAGUCAAGACCAUUCAGCAAAUGCUCUAAGACCUAAUUCUAAAGUUGAGGUGAAAUUGAAACAGAAUGGUUCAAGUAAAAGAACUUCUCUAGUCUCCCCUGUUCUUAAUACUAGUCACCGAAAUGUUUUAAGCAACUACUUCCCCAGCAUAUCAGUUGCCAACCAGGCUUACAGAAGUGUGGACGGGUCUCCAGCGAGAAGUGUAACAGUUGGUGAAAUCACUAAAAACUCAGUGUCCUCCAGUUCUCAGAGGAGGGUUGCAUCUUCUAAGACAUCCCUGCGGAAUUCUUUAAAAGCAAUGGAGUCUAUGUCUGUGACUGAAUCCCAGGAGGUGAGUAGGCCUGAAGACAGAUACCCAAGUAAAAGACCCAGGCUAGAAGACAAGGCUGUUUUUGACAAUUUCUUUAUCAAGAAGGAGCAAAUACAAAGUGGUGGUAGUGAACCAAAAAGUAGUUUGCAUUCAACAGCUGCAACUCAGAAUUCCACUACUUUGCCCAGUCAGAGCCAAAGAGUGAAUUGCCCUGUUUGUCAGAGUGAAGUUUUGGCGUCUCAGAUUAAUGAGCACUUAGACUGGUGCCUUGAUGGUGACAACAUCAAAGUAAAAAGCUGAAGUCUUUGAAAAACGAGUGGGUCUCUCCAACUCCUAUAUUGCCUCACUGAUACAAUGUCAGCACCUCAGGGAGUUCUGUUUAAUAGUAAGAUCUGCAGGUUAUGAUCUAGUUCAUGUAAUUAAUACAAAAUAUUCUAUUUUAUAUAUACAUAUGAAAUUGUAAUUAAGUCAUAUCUAAAGGUGCUAUAUUCCCUCUUGCCUUACGUAUACUGUAGUCCAGACUUUGUUGUGCAUGUAUAUAUGAGUAAUUCUUAGACACUUUUCUUCUUUCUUGCUCUUAAAGCUGUUUUAAUCUGUUGAUAGUUUUUAUUUGUAGACUUCCCUCAGAAUAUUCAGUGAGGAAGCCUGUCAAGUAAAAAACUGAAUAUUUAUUAAUGUUAAAACUCACAGAACUUACAUUCAUAUUCAUGGCAUCAGACAUAAUGACUAAAAACAUAGUCUGGAAUUCAGAAUAUAUCAGUUGUUUUAGGGUACUCACUUUUUUUUUUAGUCUUUUAAAACAGGAAAUAAUUUUAUGUAUUUUAAAGAAUUUUAUUUUCCAUUUCUCUAAAAGGUGGUGGCAGAUUUUAGGUUAAAAUACAUUUCUUUUAGAACAUUACUAGUAACAUAUAGCCACUGUAAUGUGUAGGACACAGCUGUUUUAAUAAAGUUUAGCAAAAUGAGUGGUUAGAACCUGAUGCUAAAUUAAAUGGUAUAUUCUAACUUACUCUCAAGUUGCCUAAUUUAUGUAACAGUGAAACAUUAUCUGGAAACAGUGUUAAUGAACCUUAAGCCAAAGUUGGAACCAUUAUAAUAAAAGCAAUGCCAUUUGUGCAUUUUAAAAAGUAUAUUUAUUUUAAAGAACAUUAAGGGACAAAGACAUUUUAUCAGGUGAAUUUGCUUUUUGUCUGGUGGCUGUACCUCCAGCAUGUUGGCAUCUUCCCAAGACCUGAGUUCUUAAGGUUUCCUAACUUCGUUGCCACGUGACUUGUAUGUGCAUGAGGCGCACAGAUCACAGGUGCAGCUGGGCGGAGUUGGGCAUCAUGUUCUGGGUCACCAUCACCCAGAUCAGGUUAGAGAGCAUUUGUCACCACAGCUCCAUUAGCUUGUGUUUUACUUGAUGAAGUUGUGUGUCUGUUGGUAUGUGUUGCUCUUCCUUGGCACUCCAGCAUUUGUGUGAAUGUGCCAGAGUUCAUCCAUUCCAGUAGCAGUAGACAUUUGACUGACUUGCAGUUUGGGGCUGGCUUUUAGGAAUAAUGCUGAGAACUUUCAUAUGUAUUUCUGUGGGCACACACCCAGCAUUGGAUUUGGCGUGUUCCAGGGUGCAAUUUGUUCAGUGCCGGUGAGCACUGCCAGCUCAGCACUCCCACUGGCGACCUAUGAGCUUCAUUUGUUCUGCAUCUGGACCUGGUUAUCCAGCCUUUUCAUUCUAACCCGUCUGGUUGCGUGUUCACAAGUUUUGGUAUUUUAAAGUUAAAAAGCCAUUUAAUAAAUAAGAUGAAUGACUUA